AUUGCCAUAUGAGCUCUGAAAAGCAUUUGUCUCAUGAGGAUGACUGCUCUAAAAAUAGAUUUGGAGGAGAGUUUUCAGUUAGGUCCAGUUUCGGGUUCCAGCUGAGCUAGCUUUAGGAAACUUUUUGCUCCUGUUGCAAGACUAGAGUGAAGAUAAAUCAUUUCUUAUUCCACCUUCAACAUUGAUUUUUGAAUAUCGGUACACUCAUUUUACUUAUGGAAAUCAAGCAUUAAUGUUAUGGCUGACGACACAGAGACUAAGCAUGGAGGAAGCAAGAAUGGAAAGAAAGAAGGCCUCUCUGGAAGCUCGUUUUUCACCUGGUUUAUGGUAAUUGCUUUACUGGGAGUUUGGACAUCGGUAGCAGUUGUUUGGUUUGAACUAAUAGAUUAUGAAGAAGUUCUAGCCAAAGCAAAGGAUUUCCGUUAUAACUUGUCAGAGGUACUACAAGGCAAGCUUGGUAUUUAUGAUGCUGAUGGAGAUGGAGAUUUUGAUGUAGAAGAUGCUAAAGUUUUGCUAGGUGAGGAGCCAGGAGGGGUAGCCAAGAAAAAAGCUAAAGUCAAAGGCCUUAAAGAAAGAUCUGUCCCAGCACAGUCAACUUCACCAGAAUCCGAGGAGACUAUUCAGCCUGCUGAGCAGCCGUUUGUCGAAUCAGAGCGCAAGAAUGCUGAAGUAGAAUUGGAAGAGGAAAUUCAGUCUGUUCUUCAUGAAGCUCUCCAUUCCCAGUCUGGAGAGAGACAUGAAGAUGUAGAUGAAAGCAUAAAUGACCAGUGGCAAGUGAAGGAAGAAGUACACGAAGAAGCUUUUGGAACUCCUACAGAAGAUGACUUACAUGGAGAAUUAGAGAGUGAAAUGCUAGAAGCAUAUGAGUUGCCAGACUCAAUUCAGAAAGACACUGAUGUUUUAGCAGAUGAUCUUGGAGCAAUGGAGCCUGAAACAUAUGAAGUUCCAGUUUCAUAUGAAUAUGAUAUGGGUGUGGAAAACACAGUAAGUGAGCCAGAAGCACCAGGUGACGCUGAGCCAAUGCUAGAAGAUGCUAUUGAGCAUCAUGCAGAAGACAGAGUGCAUGGGGAUUAUAAUGAAGAACAUGAACCGAAACAUGAAGAGGAGACUGGGAGCCAAGAUAAAGCUGUCGAGGAUGUUCCUGAGAAAGUAAAUGAAGCCACAGAGCCAGAUGAAGUUACUGAAGAUUUGGAGAUUGAUGAGAAGCUGCCAGUAGAAAGUAAACAUACAGAAGAUAGCAUGGCCACUGAACCUGAGGAAUCAGAAAUGCCUGUUCAAGUUGAGGAUUACUCAAACGAUAAUCUAGUAGGAAAAAGUGAAAAAGAAACUGAACAAGAAAUAAAAGAAAAAGCUAAAAAGAAGAAGAAGCCAAAGCUCUUAAACAAGUUUGAUAAGACCAUUAAAGCUGAACUGGAUGCUGCAGAAAAAUUACGUAAAAAAGGAAAAGUUGAAGAGGCUCUAAGGGCCUUUGAGGCAUUAGUGAAUCAAUACCCACAGAGUCCACGAGCAAGAUAUGGAAAAGCACAGUCUGAAGAUGACUUAGCUGAGAAAAUGCGAAGUAAUGAGAUGUUGCAACAAGCCAUCAACACCUAUGAUGAGGUGGCUAGUCUGCCAAAUGUCCCUCCAGAUCUGAUGAAACUGAGCUUGAAACGAGAAGCAGACAGGCAGCAGUUUCUUGGUCGCAUGAGAGGUUCUCUGGUUACUCUACAGAAAUUAGUUCAUCUGUUUCCCAGUGACACUUCUUUCAAGAACGACCUUGGAGUUGGUUACCUCCUGAUAGGCGAUAACAGCAAUGCCAAGAAAGUAUAUGAAGAGGUUCUAAGUCUGGCUCCAAAUGAUGGCUUUGCCAAAGUACAUUAUGGCUUCAUCCUGAAGGCGGAAAACAAGAUAGCAGAAAGCAUUCCCUAUCUAAAGGAAGGACUAGAGUCUGGUGACCCUGGCACAAAUGAUGGACGCUUUUAUUUUCAUCUAGGCGAUGCCUUGCAGAGGAUAGGAGACAAAGAGGCAUACAAAUGGUAUGAACUUGGAUACCAAAGAGGUCACUUUGCGUCUGUGUGGCAGCGCUCCCUCUAUAAUGUCAAGGGACUGAAAGCUCAACCUUGGUGGACAGCAAGGGAAACUGGUUAUACAGAACUGGUGAAGUCCUUAGAAAAAAACUGGAAGCUCAUUCGGGACGAGGGGCUUACUGUGAUGGAUAAAAAAAGAACCCUCUUCCUGCCCGAAGAUGAGAAUCUACGAGAAAAGGGAGACUGGAGUCAGUUUACCUUAUGGCAGCAAGGAAGAAAAAAUGAGAAUGCUUGUAAAGGUGCUCCAAAGACAUGUGCUUUACUGGAAAGAUUCCCGGAAGCUACUGGUUGCAGAAGAGGGCAGAUCAAGUAUUCUGUCAUGCAUCCAGGGACUCAUGUCUGGCCCCACACAGGGCCCACCAAUUGUAGACUAAGGAUGCAUUUGGGCUUGGUGAUACCUAAAGAAGGCUGCAGAAUUCGAUGUGCGCAAGAAAACAGAACCUGGGAAGAAGGGAAAGUCCUUAUCUUUGAUGACUCUUUUGAACAUGAAGUAUGGCAGGAUGCUGAAAGUUAUCGCCUGAUAUUCAUUGUUGAUGUGUGGCACCCUGAGUUAACAGCACAACAGAGACGCACCCUUCCUGCUAUUUAAGGGGCUCCUUCUGAUGUGAAGAACAGAGGAUCUUUAACUCUUUGGAGUAUGCAAGUCGAAUCACGCAGGAUUAAUUUGUCCACCAUAUGGAAAAUACUAAUAUUUUAAUGGUUAGAAGAUAUGAAAAAGAAGUUUUACAAUGACAAAGGACUUACUUAAAAGAAAAAUAAUUUAAAAAGAUAAUUCGUUUCAAACAGAUUCAGCACUGACAUGAUAGUAUUGUUUUGCUGGCUGCAAGUUCCAAAAUACUAAUCUUGUCAGCCUAAGAGCAAUAGGUCUGGAUUUUCUAGCUAUGGAAUGUGCAGAUGUUUUUGCCGUGCGUAUGUGAUGCAUGCAAAAACAAUUGGUCAGUCACAGGAGUGGCCGUGUUCAGGCACAAGAUUUGCAAUCCUACAUCCCAGAAAUACUUACCAGGUUUUUAUCUAUUGUAUCAAGGUAUAUGAUAUUUAUAAACAUAUGCACACAAUCGACUUUGAAAAUCAGUUAUGCAGUUGUAACAUUAACUGCUUUAGGCAUAAAACAUGUCCAUAUGUUAUCAACUGUAGAUAAUGUGAAUGGGUUGUAUGUUUUUGUAUUUUUCUACCUGAGUAACUGUAUUUUUCUAUCAUAACUAUGAAUAGAUCUUCUGCUUUAAUCAACCACUAUUUUUUAAAAACAAUAUAUGAAUAAGUGCAUCUCUAGGUAUUAGCAAAAGAACACGGUAUAUGAGCAGAUUUCAUUUUUGCCAAACAUAGCCUUCUCUUGCCUUCCUGGAAAUGCAAACAGAAACUUGCAUUAUCAACUUCCUAGUGAAGUUUUAUUUUUCUAAAACAAAGUUGUUUUCUUAGUUAGCAGGCAGUCUUCAGUUUUAGAAUGUGAUUUGGGAGGAGCUGAGCAAAGGUGACAACUGCAGACUCAGAUCUGAAUGUACUUGACAGAAUUGAGGAUUAUGUGCUGAACUGCUGUUCUUCCUAUCAUUGCUAAAGUUUGUGUUGUGAUAACCAUUUUCUAGCCAGCCAGAGUCUGAGGCAUCCCUUUUCAGGAGCUUCUUCUAGGCUGACCUUGAGUGGUCAUUCAACAGGAGAAAUAUGGGAAGAAUUUCUUGAGCUUAGAGCAGACGAAUAAAGUCUAGCUUGGAUUCCUGCUCCUACAGAGCAGGUAGAGCUUGAGGAACUUUUUCAAGGUAUUAACUUGUAUUCUGCUGCCAGCAUCCUACAGAGUGAUAUAAUGAUUCCUUAAAUGACCUAGUGGUGUGCUUGCUGUCUUGAAAUGCAUGAAAAAAUUUUGAAGUAAUCCUAUCCCAGUACAGUUUAUAGUAUAUUCUGUAUUUGCUCUCCUGAAUUUCCUAUAUGGUAAAAUGACCUUAUUUUCAAGAAAGAAAUCUUGUUGGAUGUUUAAGCAGUUUGCCGGCCUUUUGGCUCCGCACUGUUUUGUGGGAGACGGAAGGUGCAGGCCCCUCAGCUGUUAACACUGACAGGGAGGAGAGACCCACGGUUGCACUGAUGAAGUUUAUGGCAGGCUGUUAUUUUCUCUUGUGCCAAACCAGCCAUGUGCGGAUAGGUGUGCUAGGGUGCUCAGCAUUACCCAGACGGUGGCAUCGUUACUCAGAGCUUGUGAACGAUGCUUGUGAGCAUCGUUACUCAAAGGUUACUUAAAGUCUCCGCAACUUUGGCUUUGUUGUUCCAAAAGCACUGAACUGUUGGUAGUUUUGUAUUGCUAAGAGACUACAUCGUGGUACCUGAGUAUUGUAAACACUGCAACAUAUGCUACAGAUGAGAAUGUCACAUUUGCUGAUGCAGGAUACAGAUAAGAGCCUUGCAUUCCCAUUAACUAAAUGCUUUUCAUAUUUUGUACUUUAUUAAGUAAUUAAAUCUUGUGAAGCCACAGAACACAUGGUAAUUGUGCCAUAAAUUGCUGUAACCAGUUUCUGGAGGUGUGCACUUUAAUUUCCUUUUUGACUGUUAAAAAUAAGACCCUCUGAUAAACCCUCUCUGAUCAAGAGUCAGUUUUAGACAGCUAUGAUAAUUAGGCUUUAAUGUGUUGUCUGUAUCAAUAAUUACACUGAAACCAUCAUCUGCAAGAAAGUAACGAUUCACAAUUAAUCAUCAUGAGAACUGAGAAGAUUUAGAUGAGUUUACAAAAUGUAAAAAUACCUUUAGAAAGCUUUAGGAGAUUCAUAUACAAAACUGGAAAUAAGGUACUCAUUAUUGUUCAUGGUAAAAAUAAAAUUAAAACAAUCUCUAGAUAGUGGUUUAGUCAGAGAUUGUAUUUUGCAUCUCUGUAAAGUGAUCAAGCAGUACAAAUUAUGAAUUAUUUUGUAAUUCUAUAAAACAAAGAUAUAGUUUGUAAAGAAUGAAUCAAGAAAUGUUUAAAUCAAAAUUUAUGUUUUAGGAAUAUUUGUAUUAAUAAUGCAUUGCAGUUUCUAUAGCUUGCUCUAAACACUUCUAGUAAAGGAGUGGUAAACAUUUUGGAGCUUUAUUUAUAAAAAAUUCAUGCUGUGCUUCAGAUUGUUUUGUUGUGCCUUUGAAGUCUUGUACUGUAUCUUUUCAGAUUACAGUUGGCAAAUAGAUCAAAGCAAUCUACACCAAAUGUAUGUGUGCCAGGGCAGUACUGUUUAUUAAAUUGUGUAGUGACAUAUUGGGCAUUUAAAGUCUUAAAUGCCUAGAAUGUAACAAGGUGGAUUAUGAAUAGCUUCGGUUACACUGACAUGUUCUACUCCCUGCAUACCUGUCAAGGAACUGACAGCAUAUUUUUUUGUUAGAUAUAGUUAUUUGUUUAGCUAUAAACAUGGUGAGAAUAUGUAGCAAAUUACAGAAAUUAUGCAGUAAGUGUAUAUCAUUUUAGGUAUUUCUGUUUGCCAACCAGUAUUUCAUCCUGAAAGAGUCUUUCAACAUUGGAAACACCAAUGGAAGAAAUGAAUGAAAAAAAUUUUUAAAUGGAUAACAAUCUUAAUUUAAAUACUUUGUUCUUCAGAUUUAUUUACAGUGUGGAACUGCCAGAGAAGGACAGUAUAGUCUCCUAUUUGUAAGCAGGUACUUACUAGUCAAGAUGUUAGGAGUUGGACUCCUCCUUGCCUGUAGUUACCUCGCUUGCAAGCACAAAGUCUGUAGAAGAUCCUACAGUUAAGUACAGAUAUGCAAGGUACCAUAUGUAUUUAUUCACAUAUCCAUUGAAACUUUAACUAAUUCUAGUCCUUUUUGUGAUUUAAUCCUCAAGGAUUAGAUCUCAGUGACAUUCAGACCACUUGACUAUAACAACUCCCCGCUUGAAUAAACAGUGACUGUUAGAGGUAGUCACAAAGAUUCCCUUUUAAGAUUGUCUUAGCAUUAUUUCUCUCUUCCUUGUGAUUACAAAAUCUUGGACCACUAUUCUUGUGCAAGCACCAUUCCAAUGGCACUAGAGGUAAAUGUAUUAACAUAGAAAAUUGCAAACCUAAGUACCUCUUCGUUAAUGCUGCAGUACAGUAUGCAAUAUCUGCUCUUUUUUUGUUUAUUUUUUACUUUCUGCUUUAAGCAAGUUCUCUGGGGUAAAUCCUUAUUUCUGUGAGUCUUCGUGAGCCUAGGGAAGGAAAGGGAUUUGUGUCUGAAUGGCCAUCCUACUUUUCUGCAAUAGGUGCUGAUGCUAGGAGAGGGGGAAUGGAAGAAUCCCCAAAGAUAAAUGGGCUCAGUUGUCUUAUUUGUUUAGUAUUUGUGCAAGCUUCUGAGUGUCUGCCUCUUUUAUUGACUUCUGUAUUUCUCUGCUGGGGGCAUCCACUGUCUUAAGGACUUGCUCUAGGCCAGGCUUUGUAUCAAUAACAUACUGCUGUGGAAGAAGCUUAUUCUGAGUUAGGUUAUUCUGUACAAAUACCAGCAGGUAAAUCCCAUAUGUGUUAAAUGGGAUCUAGCAGAAUGUCCCUUCUGCCCAGUGUAGGCAUAAAAUAUUGUGGUAGACAGAGGGGACAUUUUGUUACCCCAUUCAUUAGGGCUGACCAUGUCCAACUAACUAUAUUAUCACUUCAGUGUCUCACUUAGGAAUUCAGUGGGUGUUUCAGAGGCAUAUUAAAAACCAUUAUGGUGCCCAUUAUCAUCUCAUUUUAUAUAUUUAUAUAGCUUAUGCUACUUCCUUUGACAUACUGGUGCCAACCACUUGCUCUAAUGAUUGUCAGUGUGUGACAAUUAAAUUGAAGACAAAAGGUGUGUACUGUAUUUGUAGCUGUUUUAGGAAAUAAAGUCACAUUGCACGUGCAAUUUGAUAACAGCUUUUCUUUUAUUUCUUUAAUCUGUUUUCCAUUUCAAUGAAGGGAUGGGACUCCUUUUGCACGUAGAGCAAAUAGAGAAAUAACAAACUGAUCUUUGGCAUUUCAGUUCUUCCAUUCUGAUCUUUCAUAUUUCCUUCUAGCAGAAGCUUAUACUAAACAAUUAAUUCAAAGUUUUCUUUUUCCAUUUUAACUACAGCCCACAUCUGCAAUCAGCAUACCCCUCUGGCUACACCUUCUACUGACUGCAAGAGGGAAGAGGGUUAAGUGGCUCUGCAGAGCUUUCAUUUGCAGUUGUGCCCUAAAUGAAACAAUCUGGAUGGAACCAUUAAUCACUGAUGAAUGUGUCCAAUGAAUCUCUCUACCACCCCCCUUCACAUACGUACACAUACACACA